AUGCCGACCCUCUCCCUAAUCAACUUCAACAUCGUCUGUGCGACGCUGGGCGGCUUCAUCUCAGUUUUUGGCCUCGUCUCCUACCUGUUCAAGGAGCGAUUCUAUCUGUCGGAAGCCCUGAUCUCAUUGUUGGCGGGCAUCGUCUUCUCCCCGCAUGCAGCAAAUUUCAUCCGUCCCCAGGAAUACGCGCUCAAUUCCGACAAGAAUUUGGAAGAAAUCACCCUGUAUUUCACCAGACUCGUCUUGGGUGUCCAGCUAGUCCUCGCCGGAGUCCAGCUCCCCAAGCGCUAUCUCCAGCUAGAAUGGAAGAGCCUGUCCCUGCUGCUGGGGCCCGGAAUGGCCGCCAUGUGGCUCUGUAGUAGCCUGAUCAUCUGGGCCUUGGUCCCGAACUUCCAGUUUCUCCACGCCCUCGUGGUCGGCGCCUGCGUCACCCCCACCGACCCGGUGCUGUCCAACUCCAUCGUCAAGGGCAAAUUCGCCGACAAGAACGUCCCCCGCCCCUUGCAGAGAAUCAUCGUCGCCGAGUCCGGCGCCAACGACGGCCUCGGCUACCCGUUUCUCUUCUUCGGCCUCUACCUCCUCCAGUACACCGGCAUGGGCGGGGCCGGGUACGACGGCGGGGCCGGAAAGGCCAUCGGUCUCUGGUUCUACGAGACCUGGGUCUACACCGUCAUUCUGAGCGUCGUCUACGGUGCGACGGUGGGCUGGAUCUCGAGAGAGAUGUUACACUGGGCCGAGGAGAAGCGCUACGUUGACCGGGAGAGCUUCCUAGUCUUUGCCAUCGCUCUAGCGCUCUUCAUCCUAGGCACCUGCGGCAUGAUCGGGACAGACGAUCUUCUCGCCUGUUUCGUUGCCGGUAACGUCUUCACCCAAGACGACUGGUUUCGCCUAGAAACAAUGGACGACUCCCUCCAACCUACCAUUGACAUGCUCCUCAACCUGGCAGUCUUCAUGUGGUUCGGCGCCGUGUGCCCCUGGUCCGCCUUCCUGCACAACGAGAUCAUCCCCAUCUACCGCCUCAUCUUCGUCGGCGUGCUCAUCCUGCUCGUCCGCCGCAUGCCCAUCAUCCUCGCCAUGCACAAGUACAUCCCGCAGAUCGAGAACCUCUACCACGCCGCCUUCGUGGGCUUCUUCGGCCCCAUCGGCGUCGGUGCCAUCUUCUACCUCUCCGUCACCCGCGAAUUCCUCCGCACCAUCACCGUCGAAGGCGGCCAAACCCGCGAGGACGCCCGCCGCGUCUCGGAGGCCGUCGACGUCAUCGUCUGGUUCCUCGUCAUCUGCUCCAUCGUCGUCCACGGCCUGUCCAUCCCCCUCGUCAAGGCGGGUUACCAUCUGCCCCGCACCAUCUCCAACGCCCUCAGCGCCAGCUCUACCACCGUCGACGCGGAGUCCAUCGCUAUCGGCAACGUCCCCCACACCCACAGCACCGCCACCCGUGACCCGGACGUGAGUGUCACCCGCGGCCGCAAGCGCGCGUCGGAGCGAGAGCCUCCCCAGCCGGCUGUCUUCCAGAUUGGCCGCCCCGUCAUCCGCAGUGGGUCGUCGACGGAGCAGGUUCAGAUUGGUACCGGGAAUGCGGAGGAACCCGAACGCCCUGUGAAUCUCGUCGUGCAUGACCCGCAGAGUAAGAGCGUGUCGGCGACUGGGACGGCGCGAAUGGAUGAGUGA